AAAUAUCUAACUACAUCAUCAAUAUUUUUGAUCUAAGUGUGUUAUCUGUUGAUCGACAACAGUCACCGGAAAUACGUACAGCAUUGGAACCCUCCCUGCUUCUAGAACAAAGGCAACUUGAAACAUUCUGUCACAACAACGUUUCCCUCUGAAGAGACAGACAGACAGCAGAGAGAGCGAGAGAGAGAGACAGAGACAGACAGACAGCAGAGAGAGCGAGAGAGAGACAGAGACAGAUAGACAGAGCGAGCGAGAGAUAUGCUUCUGGUCAUGGUCUUCAGAGGUUUACUGGUGCUGGGUCUGAUCAUGUCACUGGAUGGACGUAAGAAAAGCCAGAAGACCAAACGGAAGGCAGCCAAUGGCUCCGGCCCAGUCGAGGUCUUUGGACGGAGAGUAAUGACUGUAGGUUUAGUUCUGGAUCCUAACCUGAAGACCGCUGUCUUCCCUGUCCUUCAUAAAGCCACCAGGUCUCUCUCUCCGUGGACAUACAGCGACACAUACGAUGAGACCCGGGUCCCUCAACAUAUCUCCCAGGCUCAGUGCCAGAGGUCUGGCUGUCUAACCCCAGACGGAGAAGAGGACAUGGGGUUGGAGUCCAAACCCAUACUCCAUCAGACCUUGGUGCUCCGCAGGGUUCAGGGAGAGAAGGGCAGCAGCGGAGGGAGGAAGAGGAGGAAGGGGAAGAAGAAGGGUUAUUUCUACAAACUGGACAGUGAGAGUGUAAAUGUGGGCUGUACCUGUGUGAGACCCAGCAUUUUCCCUCAGAAGCAGUGACAAUAAGAGAACUCCUAAUUCAAGGAAAAUCAUUUCAAAAAUCUUUAAAUAUAAAAAGUUUCCAUGGAAAAUGGAUUUCUGAUUAUUUUGUACAUUUCCUGAAUUGAUUUAAAUGGACCCUAACUCUGUAGAGUAGCAUGGCUGUAACGUAGAUGUCUUAGAAGUUAAUAAUGGACGUUGAUAUGUGUUUGUCUUUGGCUUUGAUGUUGACCCGUGGAAAUGGACAAAGUGAUGUAUCUGACCUCUUGACAUAUAGUCUACCUGGAAACAUCUGAGGUCAACGGCAGGGUUCACAUUCUCUGUUCAUACUUUCCUACCGUGUUUUAGUUCAUUUAAAUGACUUGUUAAAUGACUUGUUUAUUUAAAGGGAUGCUUCAGGAUUUUGGCAAUGAUGCCCUUUGUCUACUUCCCCAGAGUCAGAUGAAGUCGCGGAUACCAUUUUUAUGUCUCUGUGUUUAGUAUGAAGGAAGUCAGAGGUAGUUUUGUGAGCCAAUGCUAACUAGCGUUAGCACAAUGGCGAAGUCUAGGAGUAUCUGCUAUCAUUGCCAAAAUGCCGAAGUAUCCCUUUAAAAGACUUGUUCAUUAAAUUAUACCUGUUUAUAUAAAUGACAGUGACAUCAUUAAAGUUAAGUUGCACAAGACUAAAAUGUCAAAGUAAACAUUCAUUUUUUAAAUUCAAAUAUUUUUAUUGUAUAGGAAUGUCCAUAUGAUAUGUAUCCUGUGACUAAAUAUUGACCCUAGUUUGUAGUAGAAUGAACACUUACCCACUUAAUGUGUUU